UGGGGGGGUGCUUACAGUGUGCUCUUGUGAUCUAAUUUUCUUUUCAGAUGGAGAUGGACUCACCACUUCAACAUCUAAUACAGACUCUAGUCCCACUGGGCUUUGUGCCAGAAUUGUGAUGGGGGUGUUGGUCUCACAGACAGGGGGGCUUUAAAAAAGAAAGGAAAAAAUCAUCCAGCUGACAGAAGUGGGAAAGAGACUUAGGAAAUAAUAGAAUGUUUUAUCACUGAAACACAGAAACAAAAACACAUUCUUGGCAAAGCUCCUUACAUGAGUGAGCUAUCAUAAACUGCAUGUCAGCCGUGCGCCGAAACAUUGGAUAUUUUGGAACAAGCCGACGCAGUGCUGAAGGACAACUUAAAACAGAUACAAGACAUUAGAGACCUCUUUAAGCAAUUUUUUAAAAGAUUCUCAUGAUGUAUUUUGGAAUAGCACUACCUUUCCUCAUGUUAAUGACAUAUGCUACAAUAAAAGGGUCAGGAUCCCAGCUUAAAGGAGUUAAUGGUAUGGAGAGACGCCAACACCAGAUCCAGCAUGGACACUGCACCUACACCUUCCUGCUUCCAGAACUUGACAACUGCCAGCCUUCUGUCAGAUCUCGCAUGCCAAACUCUCUGCAGAGGGAUGCGCCCCCAGCCUCAGACAAUACACAGUCUGAUAAGCGACUGCAGCAGCUGGAACAUAUCAUGGAGAAUAAUACACUCUGGCUGCACAAGCUUGAAAACUAUAUUGAGGAGAAUGUAAAGACCGAAAUAUCAGAGAUCAAGCGUAAUGCAGUACAGAAUCAAACAGCAGCUAUGACAUCAAUCCUCACACAAAAAACAGAGCAAACAUGUAAUUUAACAUACGUGGAAAACCAGGUUCUAAAUCAAACAUCUCGACUGGAAACACAGCUGUUAGAAAAUUCAUUAUCCACAAAUAAUUUAGAAAAGCAACUGCUGGUACAAGUCCAAGAAAUAAGCAAGCUGAAUAGCAAGAACAGCUUCCUAGAAAAGAAGAUUCUGGAAAUGGAAGGCAAGCAUGAGAAGGAGCUCCAAGUGAUCAAAGAAGAGAAGCUGCAGAUGCAUGAGAUGAUGGUCAGUCAAAGUGACAUUAUUGCAGAAUUAGACAAACAGCUUAAGGCAUCCAUGUUCAACAACACUGUGUUACAGAUGCAGCAAGUGUCACUAGAGAGGACUGUCCAGGAACUAAUAAGUCUGGUGUCACAGUGUAAUGAAAUCUCAGUCACUCCUAAAGGUGAACCAGUAACAUUCAAGGACUGCGCAGAAGUUUAUAAGUCUGGGCAUAUAACAAGUGCUGUCUAUACUCUGAACUACCCUAACUCCACGGAAACAGUAAAGGCAUUCUGUGAUAUGGAGACUAAUGGAGGGGCCUGGACAGUUAUCCAGCAUCGUAAGGAUGGCACUGUUGACUUUCGUAAAACAUGGAGGGAAUACAAGACAGGAUUUGGAAACCCUGCUAAUGAAUAUUGGCUUGGAAAUGAGUUUAUUCAUCAGAUCACCACCAGCAAUUCAUAUAUAAUGCGAGUACAGCUACAGGACUGGGAAGGAAAUUCUGCCUUUGCACAGUAUAGUCAUUUCCACCUGGGGAGUGAAAAGCAAAACUACAGACUUCACAUAAGUGGAUAUAGUGGGACAGCUGGAAGAAUGAGCAGCUUUAGUCCAUCAGGGACAGAAUUCAGCACUGUGGAUGCCGACAAUGACAAAUGCUCUGGUGGAUGCAAGUGCGCUCAGAUGGCUACAGGAGGAUGGUGGUUUGAUGCAUGUGGCCCUUCAAAUUUAAAUGGGAUCUACUACCCUGGUGGUACUAAUACAGUCAAGUACAAUGGCAUUAAAUGGCAUUACUGGAAAGGCCCUAGCCAUGGCGUCAAGACAACUACCAUGAUGAUCCGGCCAACUGAUUUUUAACAGGACUCUACCUUCAUAAGAAGACCUUUCUUGACAUGACUCAAUGUAUGAUGUUGUCAGAAAUCAGUAGUCUUCUGGAACAGUGGGAACAUGACUUCAAGCUUUCAUUUUACCUUCUGCAAAUUUAAAGCAAAAUACAUUUUUUUAGCUUACAAAGUUACCAAAAUAAAAUGAAAGUCGUUACUGUAUUCUACUCCAGCACCACUUUAUCAUAAGCACUGAUGUGUUUUUGGACAGUGUUAUGCACUAAAUGCAUUUAAUACAAACACCACUGUAGUGUAGUCCAUCGGCUGCACGCUGUAGUAUUGUGAUCGCUGAACAAGCUGCUUUCAGAGUGCAGCUUCACUGAUAAAAAAAAACAGUUUACAGAUAAUAAUCAGCUUCCUCUCCAGUUUUACUUGAAUGGACACUACUAGAGUUGUGGUACAAUCAUCUUUUUUUUUUUUUUCAAGAGGAGUUAACAAGUGAAAUUGUAUAUAUUAUAGCUUAUACUUUGCUUAAGCAUUCAAGGCAGUAGUGAAUUUCUAGAACAAGUCUGCCGGUUGACCUGUAAAGAAACCACUGCUGAUUUCAGCUCUCUAGCUUAUCAAUUUGUUAUUCCAUAAAAAUUCUGCCUACAGAUUGACAUUGCCCUAGAGAAUUUUACAAAGAUUUGGAAACGUAAGGGAAUUCAGUGAAAUGCGCAACUACAUGUGUUCUACAUUGUAUUUCUUUGUAAACAGACUUUUUAUGGUUAAUCUUUUAAUACACAUUGUUAAAUUUC